AUGCCAUCUGAAAUAAAAGAAAACGAAAUUGAUGCUAGCGAUGAAGUUACUCACCUCGAGUUCGUGGGAGAUAGGGCAUCUGCCUCCAGUGAAAAUAUCGCUCUUUUGGAAAAAUUUUUAGA